AUGUCCUCAAACAAAUUCGAAGACAUAGUGCUGAGCAUUAAUGGCCGAGUUGGUACUAUCAAGUUCAAUCGCCCGAAGACGCUCAACGCUUUUGGGGGUAAGCUCAUGAUCGAGGUCGUUGCUGCCAUCCGAGAGCUUAAUGACCAUCCGGAUACUGUAUUCACUGUCCUUACUGGCGAGGGACGGUUCUUCUCCUCGGGGGCUGACGUGAAGGCUUCUGGACUUGACAGCCCAGAAGGCUUUGCCAAUGAUGCCGAGAAAAAGAUAGCAUUUUUUCAGCGAUUUGUUCCUGCUUUGGAAAUGCUUCGAAGUAUUAUUGAUCAUCGCAAGGUCUUUGUCCUGGCCCUCAACGGACCGGCAGUUGGAGGGGGAGCAGCCUGGUUUACAGGCGUUUCUGAUAUCGUUCUUGCUUCGUCAUCUGUGUACCUUCAAGUCCCAUUUUCUGCAUUAGGAUUGGUGCCCGAGAAUGGGUCUGCUAUCAACUUUUCUCAAAGCAUGGGAGUCCAUCGUGCUAAUGAGUUCCUUAUGUUCGGUCGGAAAGUAACCGUUCAAGAGCUUGAACAAUGGGGUAUUGUCAACCAAAUAUUUCCAGUCGACGGGUUUCAAGACCAUGUGUUACAAUAUCUUGAGGGCCAGCUCGCCGUAAAUGAUGGGAAGAGUAUGAUGGAGACCAAGAGACUUCAGAAUGAACCACUCAGAAGUGCACGGCUGCUAGCUGUAGUCAACAGUAUGGAUGCUUUAGCAGAAAGAUUUGUGGAUGGUGCACCAACUCAACGAUUUGUCGAAAAGAAGAAGCUUCUAGAAUCAAAAUCUAAAAGUAGAUCAAAACUUUAA